AUGUCCCUGCGAGACGUGGUUAUAGGAAUUCUCCGUCGGCAGUCCAUUACAUACACUGAUGAAGAGCUCGAGGAAUGGCUAAAGGCCUAUUCUACGCCUAGGCCACUAUUCAAGAUCGAUCCCUCUUGGAUUGUAGGAGGGACUGUGACUGUGCGACCACACCCGCAGAUUCCAAUGAUGCAUUAUCUCGAUGUGGAGAAGAUUCAGGUGUUGGAGGACACUAUAGGGUCUAGCAAACGGCUGUGUGAUACUUGCCAUCGCUACAAAUCGAUCUGUGAAAAGCAGACAGGAUGGAAAUGGAUAUUCUCGGGGUCGUCGAGGAAGAAGGCCCACCAGGAUUGGAUGAUACCUACUGUUGCGGAGUCUCCUACCAUUUUCGCAGCUGCCUUUGUAGAGCAGGCUGUGAAUCCCAUCAUCAGUUCUUCGGUAGCAGAGGCAUACUUCGCCAUGAGCAGUCGUCACGGUAUCUGGACAGGAGACCGCUAUCGAUGGACCAUCCCCAAGAGCAAUCUCUGGCACAUUGAAUCUCUGCACUUAUGUCGGAGAGGGGACGAAAGGACUGGAGCUCUGGCCAUGACAGAUGCGCUGACACUGUUUUGGUCGAACGGUAAGGAAGAGAAUGCCGGGGAUAAAGGAAAAAUGAACCGAGCUAAGGCUCGGGAGGAACGCCCGAGAGGCUAUGGCUUUGGAGACUAUUGUGACACUGCGAAGGCGAAAGGACUAAAUAUGAACGUCGGUGAGGGCGCAUGA